UGUGAAGCAAAGCCCGCCGCGGUGCAUUGUGGGACACAAAAUGUCUUCAAUUAGCUAGUGCUAACCAGACGGAGGAUCGCUGUGAAUAAAUGUAUAUCUUUUCUUUUUGUAGUGUUGUCUAGGUGGUUGUCACCUUAUCUAUACGCCACUCUUCUUCUAUCAUGUCAACAAAAGCAGAAUGCAGAGUGUCCAGUUCCAGUUCAAGGACGGAUGACAAAAGCAGAGGAAGAGAAAAGAGGAAGCGGAAACGGAGCCGUAGUAGAUCGUCCUCGUCCUCGUCUUCCAGUUCAUCGUCAUCCUCGACGUCGUCGACCUCGUCGUCUUCUUCGUCAUCGACAGGCUCAUCACAUUCUUCCAGUCACAGCCGGAGUAGCUCCAGAAGUAGUGACACUCUCAGUAAGUCCAGAAAGCAGCCGAAGAAAGGAAAAAAGGACAAACACAAAAAGCAGAAAGGCAAGAAAGAGAAGCGACAUAAACGUAAAAAGGACAAGAAAUCCAAAGGCGGGGAAGACAAUUCUGGGCCUAUUCAGAUCUCUAAGUAUUUGAAGGAAAAGAAGAAAGGCGGCAAGUACAGCAUGAUAUCAGGAAAGAAGAUAAAGAUGAAAGUGAAGAAGUCAAAGAAGGAUAAACAGCGGGACAAAAAUCGAGCCGAACUUCUGGAAUUCUUGAACUCUACCUUGUGAUCGCACCUUUGGAGCCCGCAGCAGUGGACACAGCAGCCCACCUCAGGAAACUAGACUGGCCGGGAGAAGGUCAAGGUUUUUGUCAAGAGGGGACGAUGUGCGCCAUUAUGAGCUGACUCCAAGACUGAAUUCAGAGCAACAGAUUUCUAUUGGAUGUUAUUGGUUAUGACCGUAUGCACGCCCUGGCCACAACAAUAGGUACACCUGCACGAUGCCAUAGCAGAGUUAGUAAUGCUCCAAUGUACCUAAUGGAGUGACCAGCUAGUGUAGCUACUUUACCACUACUGAGUCAGGCCGCGUUAAUGUGACUUUAAUGCAUUCCCUCUGUCCUUUAUAUUGUACUAUACAGUAUAACUAUUAUCACUUCAUCCAUUGGUAAAAAAGGACUUUCCCGCGUCAAAGCAUUCGUUAAGUUGUCCGAAAACAAUAAACCAAUCAAAUGCU